AUGGUCAUGCGCAUCUAUGGCACCGCCAAGCUUCAAGAGCACAUUCGCAGCGAUGUAAGCAUGGCCAAGUUGUUCGAAGGUCUCAUCCGCACCGACAACCGGUUCGAGGUCGUCGUGCCUAGAAACUUUGCCAUGGUGUGCUUCAGGAUCAAGGCUAGUGGAGCCAUAACAGAGGAGGCCGCAGAUGAGGCCAAUCGUGUGCUCAUGAAGAAUUUGAACAAGACUGGCAAAGCCUACUUUGCGCACACUGUGCUCAGCAACAGGAUCUUGCUCCGGUUUUGCGGUGGGGUCGUCGCUUCAAGAGGAGAGACACGUGAGGAGUGCAUGGGAGCUCAUCAAGAGGACGACCAAUGA